AUAUAUGCAGGACAAUUUAUACGGACAACUGGUAUACGAGCGUUAAUUUGGAACAUAAGCUCUUGGAACAAAAUACUCAUUUAGUUGGGACACUAAGGGCCAAUAGAAAACAAAACCCAAAGGAUGUAGUACAAAAGAAACUGAAAAAAGGAGAAGUUAUAGCGCAACAGAGUGACCGAGGUAUAGUUGUUCUAAAGUGGAAAGACAAAAGAGAUGUUCUUAUGCUCUCCACUAAACAUUCAGACACUAUGAUCGAAACAAUAAAUAAACGUGGUCAAACUACAAAAAAACCAGAAAUUGUUAUUGACUAUAACAAAGGAAAAGCUUUGGUUGACAUAUGUGAUCAGAGGUCCUCAUACCACAGUCCACUAAGAAAAUCCAUGAAAUGGUAUAGGAAAGUGGCAAUUGAAAUAAUACUGAGCACUUCAGUUUUAAAUGCCAUGUGUUUAUACAAUAAGGUAAAUAAAACGAAAAUUGGAAUUACUGAAUUUAAAGAAAUGUUGGUAAAAGAUAUGUGUGGUGAUUAUGAAGAAACCGAUAAAGAAGAAGUUGAACACAAACUAUCUAAAUCUGGAAAAAGAACUCGAUGUGUGAAAUGUUAUGAUGAAAUGGUAAAACAAGGAGGAAGAAAACAUGCUCAGCGAAUAACGAAACAAUCAAAUUAUUGGUGUGCAGCUUGCCAGAAAGUGUACUGCAUCGAAUGUUUUUUUGAUGACCACAGAGUCCGGGCAAAAUAAACAUAAUGUUAUUUGUAAAUAGUAUUGAUUGAAAAGGAUACAAAAUUAUGUUUUUAAUUUGUUUUAUCUAUAAUUUGUUGUUCGUUCAUAUUACCUGUAAUCCAUUUAAUAUUACCAAAUUAAAAAUAAAAAUAUGUUAUAUUAAGUUUAAAUUUGUAUGAUUUUACUUACCUACUUGCCGGUACCCAUACUGUUAAUUAAUUUGAUAGUAUAUUGAUGUUUAAUUAGAGUAAAAUAGAUAAUUUUUGGGUGCAUUAUAUACAUAUAUCACAAUACGUACAAAACAAUGAAAAAUUGCUCCCGCUUUUUGUAACCUAAUAUUCAAUUUUUUCUCCUCUUUCCAGUGAUGCAUAUGAAUGAGAGUUAAACGCAACUCUCACAAAAUAAAAUAAUAAAAUAUGUGAGAGUCAAAUUUAAUGCUCAUAGCCCAUAACAACAACCACAGUGUGUAUCAAAUUUAACUCUCAAAGCUAAUACAGACGGUUUUUAAAUUUCUUAGCAAACGAAAUUGCAAGGUACGUUGAGAGUUAAAUAUGACGCUCUAGGCAGUCAACUUGU